AUGAGUCAAACAUCUUUGAAACAGAAAAAGAAAAAUGAGCCUGGGAUGAGGUACUCAAAAGAGAGUCUAGAUGCAGAGAAAAGAAAAGAUCCUGACAAAAAUGGAGCUCGACUGAGCACUCAGAUGAGGCGUGCAGGCUAUCCGAAUCACUCGCUGAGAUGUUGCCCCAUGCGGUGUCACCACUCCUGUAGACGCUGCCUUUGUGCAGCUGAGGGAACUAGCCCCUGUCGCACAAUACGUAUUUAUAUUCACAUGUGCCUGUUGUGGGAACAGGGCCGGCAGAUCACCAUGAUCAGGGUGAGCAGAGAUCUCAUGACUCAUUUGGGAGGGGAGCCCGAGGUUACACAGGGAUCCCAAGAAUUACCUGUGCCUAAUACAGACUCUCGAGGGUACAUUGUGCGAAAUCAGUGGUCCCGAACAUCACGGAGCCCAUCAACCGGGGCUCCAUCAGUGGAUGAGCCCAGAAGCAGGAAUACAGUUGUCAAGGCCCCCAACAGCUCCGCGACCUCUCGAACUUCCUCUGCCUCCCCCAGCCAUCAUGAAACCUCGCCUCCACCUCCAUCUUCAGAGAAGCCCUCCCUACAGCAGACACCACAGACCAGACCUAACACCCAGCUUGACUCCCAACCUCCCACACCCCCGGAACAUGAGCCCAGCUCCAAGCGGACUUCGAAGAUGUAUGGGGGCAGUGAGCCCUGGGCUCUUAGGGACACCAGAGAGCCUAGAGACUUGCAGUUGCGGGACUACGCGCACAGUUGUGACUCCAGAGAGCUGAUACCCAAGACUCCUCGAGAGUAUACACGCCCUUCUCCUACUGAGUGGAAGCCCUAUGUCCAGCGUCGCCUACAGUAUGGCACCUCUGUGGACAUGGACCAGGAAUGUCUGUCUGAAAUCCAGCAGCAGCAGCAGCAGCAGCAACAGCUGCGGCGACAGCAGAUAGAGGAAGAUGAGAUAGAUGAGGCCUACUGGGCAUCUGUGAGCAUGCUGUACGAGAAGAUCCCCAGCUGUGCGCGACCCAGGCCGCCCAAACCCAAGCACGCCAUCACAAUUGCUGUCUCUUCCCGGGCACUCUUCAAUAUGGUGGACGACAGGAAAAUCUACGAAGAAGAGGGUCUAGAAAAGUACAUGGAGUAUCAGCUCACCAACGAGAAUGUCAUCCUGACUCCAGGGCCAGCAUUUCGAUUUGUCAAGGCGCUGCAGCAUGUCAACGCUAGACUCCGUGAUCUGUAUCCUGAAGAACAAGACUUAUUUGAUAUAGUACUGAUGACUAAUAACCAUGCCCAAGUGGGAGUACGGCUUAUAAACAGCGUCAAUCACUAUGGUCUGCUAAUCGACCGAUUCUGUCUGACUGGCGGGAAAAGCCCCAUUGGCUAUUUAAAGGCAUAUCUUACCAACUUGUAUCUUUCUGCGGAUUCUGAAAAAGUACAAGAAGCAAUAAAAGAAGGCAUUGCCUCUGCAACCAUGUUUGCUGGAGCCAAAGACAUGGCUUAUUGUGACACGCAGCUCCGUGUGGCCUUUGAUGGGGAUGCUGUUCUCUUCUCUGAUGAGUCUGAACAUAUUGCCAAGGACCAUGGGCUGGACAAAUUUUUCCAACACGAAACACUAUUUGAGAAUAAACCUCUUGCUCAGGGUCCUCUUAAAAGCUUUCUGGAAGAUUUAGGGAAACUGCAGAAGAAAUUCUAUGCCAAAGACGAACGGUUACUUUGUCCCAUCAGGACCUACUUGGUUACAGCCCGGAGCGCGGCGAGUUCAGGCGCCCGUGUGCUGAAGACCCUUCGCCGCUGGGGUCUAGAGAUAGAUGAAGCUCUUUUCCUAGCUGGAGCCCCCAAAGGUCCUAUCUUGGUGAAGAUUCGGCCCCACAUCUUCUUUGAUGACCAGAUGUUCCACAUCGAAUCAGCACAGAAAUUCGGCACCAUCACAGCCCAUGUACCUUAUGGCAUAGCUCAAAAACGCAACUAGGGAUGGGGAGGAGAAAUAAACGGUGACAGUCUGGUAUUACAAAUGGCAUGUGUUUUGGAUGUCGAGAGUAACUGGGUAUUUCCAAAGAUUGGACCACAGAACUUAGCCCCGUUGGUGUUAC